AUGGCUUAUGAACCCGUUGGACCCCAGGCAAAAGGUCCACAUGUGUCGGUGGAGUAUGAUGGCGGCCUGAACACCCAAUACGAUUCCGGGGCGUACAAUACCGCCCCGCAUGUUCCCCAGGAUAGCGAUACGGAAUACAGUGUUGAUAAUACGAAGGGCGUAUCGCAGAAAUGGCCUUCGGAUUUACGGAAAGUUGGGAGGAUUACGCCAUUGAAAGCACUGGUCCUGGUUUUCGAUGUGAUUUUGGCUUCAUCGCCUAUCAUGUUUCUGGCUCUGGCCCUUAUCGCUGCCAGGUUGAACGGAAAAGAAGUGUCGGACUACGGUACCAAACUGGAACAAACACUUCUCCUUUCGCCGACAAUCUUCCCCCUAAUCUUCGCGGCCUUGAUGGGAAGGUUUUUCCGACAUGUUGGUCUCUUCCUUGCUCAACGAGGCACAACUCUCGGUCGUCUCGAACAGCUGAUUGGUUGCCAAUCUGUCUUCUCCGCACUCGAACGUCAAUUUUGUCUGAGAUCUUGGUCUAUGCUUGGACUUGCAUCCGUCUUGAUUUGGCUCCUUUCGCCAGUCGGUGGACAGUCUGCACUUCGUCUUAUUGACCAAGAGAUUGGAAACGUCCAGUUUACCAAACAAGUGCGCUACCUCCAUCCGACGACGUUUAUGGAUUCAUUAAUGGAGACUGCUAGUACCCUUAGCCGUAGCUCCUUCACUCCGAUCUUCCUCACAUCUAUACUCAGCAGCACCAGAUACCGUACUACACCCAUGGACCUAUGGGGAAAUGUCAAACUCCCGCUCUACCGUACUAUCGAGAACAGUACGUCUGACGAGUGGAAGUUUGUGCCUAACGGUACAGCCGACAACGUCACAUACGCUUCCCUAAUCGGUAUCCCGAUAGCCGGGCCUCCCUCGGUCGGCAUUAGCUCUUUCAACAUCGAAGCUCGCCAAUUUGACGUGACCUGUUCAAGCAACAAUGCAUCACGAGGAGAACCUAUAGAUUUUGUGUCAAAAUACACGUGGCAACUCCAAGUAGUUAACGAUACAGCGCCGCCGCCUUGUAAAAAGAACGAGACGUUCUGUGCGCCCCCGGUUUGUGCUAGUUACCCCUGCCCAAUCCGGAGUGAAUCUCUCGUCGAUUUGGAUACAGGAAAGUACUCAGUGGCGAAUUGUGGGCUGUCGUUCGAGAAAUACGAAGUCGGAGUACGCUGCAAUGGGACGGAGUGUGCCGCUUACAAGAUGAGGAAGAUGUACUUGUAUGACGAGGACUACCCAAUAGGCUACGAUAUUGCCCUAAGGAGGCAGUUCAUGGCUACCGCGCUCCUCGCCAUGACGAGCGCGGACAACUUCAAUAUGCCUGUUGCAUUUGCUCGAGGCGCGACGACUAUGGAGAAAUGGCUGCAGGACCCACUCGACUUCACCGGCGUAUUCUUUGGAAAUGCCGAACUCUACAAGCUGUCGCCGCAAGUCUUCGGCGACCGUCUGACUAUUCUGUACAACACAUUCUGGCAGUCCACAUACGCCAGCAGAGCGAUCGGCGGAAAUUUACCAGCAUCCGUGAUGGAAACCGGCGCUAUGAACUUCACCCAGGCACAACGUGCAGAUGCCAAUAUUACAUUCGUCGCGACCGAAGCCAAUGUAUCGCAGGAUACGACGCCAAUGUACAAAACAGAUUGGAGAUGGUUCGCAGCCUUAUUGGUUUGCUCAUUCAUACUGCUUGCCGCCGCGUACACCGGACUCGUACUCAAGUACAUCACGAUCGCACCGGAUAUCAUCGGCUAUGCGUCCUCGCUGACGCUUUUGAAUCCUUAUGUCCCAACGCCUACGGGAGGAACUACUUUGACUGGAUUGGCGAGAACAGCGUUGAUGCGCGAUUACCCUGUACGCAUAGGAGAUGUCUGCCCGAAUGAGGCCGUAGGCGCGAUAGCAUUUGCGAGGGCCGACAGGAACGUAGGAAAGCUGGACAGGAAACGAUUAUACAUAUGA